AUGGGUAAAGAUUUGAACCACAAAAACUCAAGUCAACCCCUAGUAGGAUUGUCGGAAAAUUUGACCCACGGUACCGAGUACCAUUGUGACUGGAAAACAGCUCUCGAAGUCGACGAAUUUGAUGAUAUAACUGAAUAUCACAAGGCUCGUAGGCAGCUUGAACUGGCUGUGAAGUCAAAGGCAUUCGAUACAGAUACUAUCCUUCACUCUUCAAAGAUUGAAAAAGAGGCAGCUAGACUUCUCAAGAAAAUUAUAGCAUACGAUGAGGAGCAGACUUAUGGUAAAAAUAAAGAUGAGACCGGUCAAAAAACUGAUAGGAGUCCGGGCGAACAUUUUCUAGGGAAUUUAAAUCUCAUUAAUAAGACGGAACUAAUUAAAGUUGCUAGAAAAAUGCCUAAAGGUGCACACCUACACGUUCAUUUCAAUUCUUGUCUCCCAGCACGAUUUUUGCUACAUCUUGCUAGAGACAUAGACGCUAUGUACAUCAGAAGUACACUUCCUCUGAUUAACUCAGAAAAUAUGGCACAAGCUAGAAUAUCUUUCAUGGUCAUGACCAAACAUGAAGCCACCCACACCUGGGACCACAAGGGCAACGAAAUAUAUGUACCCACUGAAAACAUAUGGGAUGAAAAGUACACUCAAAAUAGAUGGAUGCCAUAUAAACAAUUUCGAAUUCAAUUUAACGGACAUGAUUGUAAAAUUUCCAGAACUCAAACAGACUUGGAUCGUACAAUAGCUGCCGAGCUUUGGCUCGAGAAAAAAUUGCAAUUUUCAGAGGAUGAAGCGCAUAAUUCAAGGCAGACUGGUCACGGGGUGUGGGAAAUUUUCAAUUCUCGAACUCAGAUGAUAAAAGGUCUCUUCAGCUAUGAAUCUGCAUUCCGGCUUUAUACCCAAGCCUGUAUUCGUAACUUUGUUGAAGAUAAUAUUCAGUACGCUGAAGUUCGUCCAAAUUUUAUGAGAAGUAAUUCUCUGAAGAAAGAUAAUGGGUCAGGCUUCAUUGGAAACGAAGGGAUUCUUGAGAUUAUUGACGAAGAGCUAAAGAAAACAAUGGCUCAGAUCAAACAGGAGAGAAAAUACUUCGCGGGAAUGAAAGUGAUUUACUGUACUCCCCGCUCAUUUCAAAGAGAUCAGGUGGCAUUUGCCUUGAACGAUUGCAUUGACUUAAAAUGCAAGUACAGGAACCUAAUAUGUGGAUUUGAUCUCGUAGGCCACGAGGAAAAAGGCAACGAACUUCGUCUAUUUGUUCCAGAGUUUCUAAAAUUUCGCCAAGAAUGCAAGAAAAGAAAUGUAGAUAUUCCGUUUUUAUUUCACUGUGGUGAGACAUUGCAAGUCGGUGGUAAAUAUGAUGGGAAUCUAUAUGAUGCUAUUUUGCUAAAAUCCAAACGAAUUGGUCACGGUUAUGCAAUUGCAAGACACCCAGUCUUAAUGGAUAUUAUUAGGGAAAAAAAUAUUGCAAUUGAAUCGUGCCCAAUUUCAAAUGAAAUCCUUGGACUAACGCCGGUUAUUUCAGCGCAUCAUCUGCCAAUAUUACUGGCAAACAAUGUACCUUGUACCAUAAACAGCGACAAUGCUACCUUCUACAGGCCGGUCACAUAUCCUCUCAAUCUAAUGAUCGGCUCUGAAUCCAUGAGUCUUCAAGGUUGGAAAAAGCUCGCUAAAUGGAGCCUAGAGCAUAGCUGUUUAGAUCCCGAAGAACUAAAAAUUGUUAUGAAAGAAUGGUCAAAAAGAUGGGAUGAGUUUUGCCAAUGGAUUAUUGACGAGUAUGGGCCUCGAUUAAGCAGUUGGGAGCCGAAACAAGACCAUUAG